CUGCUCAUUUGAAGUUAAAGAUAGAGGCAGCAGCACAACCUGUGUCCUGACAGUUUCUAAUUUCAGAUAUGUGACUGUAGCUAAGCUAACCCUUUCCAACUGGGGCUGGCUGCUUUUUGUUGUCAUGUUUGCCUGGUAGAGAGGGCUUUAUAUACUCUGUACAGUUGUUAUCAAGAAUGACAAGCCUUUGGAGUAGCACACAGACAGACAAGGAAACAGAGGACCAUGGUACAUUCUGAAGGAAUGAUUGAAGAUCGUGGGAGGAGUGGUGACAUAAUGGCGGAGAGACGACAACUGUUCGCAGAGAUGCGGGCACAAGAGUUGGAUUCCAUAAGAUUGUCCACGUAUAGGACAGCUUGCAAACUCAGAUUCGUACAGAAGAAAUGCAACCUCCAUUUGGUGGACAUCUGGAAUGUGAUUGAGGCGUUCAGAGAGAACGGCCUGAACACCAUGGACCUCAACACAGAGUUCACUGUGGCUCGCCUGGAAGCAAUACUCUCCACCAUCUUCUACCAGCUCAACAAGCGCAUGCCCACCACCCACCAGAUCAAUGUGGAACAGUCCAUCAGUAUGCUGCUCAACUUCCUGCUGGCUGCCUAUGACCCGGAAAGCCUCGGAAAAAUCUCUGUCUUUGUUGUGAAGAUGGCCCUGGCAACCAUCUGCGGAGGGAAGAUUUUGGAUAAAUUAAGAUAUAUUUUUUCACAGAUAUCAGACCCUGGUGGCAUAAUGGUAUACUCCCAAUUUGACCAGUUUCUGAGGGAGGUUCUCAAAUUACCAAUGACUGUUUUUGAGGCACCUUCCUUUGGCUAUACUGAGCAAGCCACAAGAACUUGCUUUGCACAGCAGAAAAAGGUCUCCCUCAACACAUUCCUGGACACGCUGAUGUCAGACCCUCCUCCUCAGUGUCUGGUGUGGUUACCACUCAUGCAUCGCUUGGCUAAUGUGGAGAAUGUGUUCCACCCGGUCGAGUGCUCUUACUGCCACAGUGAGAGUAUGAUGGGUUUCCGCUACCGCUGCCAGCAAUGUCAUAAUUACCAGCUGUGUCAGGACUGCUUCUGGAGGGGGCAUGCCAGCGGUUCCCAUAGCAACCAGCACCAAAUGAAGGAGUACACCUCAUGGAAAUCGCCUGCUAAGAAGUUAUCUAAUGCUCUCAGCAAGUCUCUGAGCUGUGCAUCCAGCAGAGAACCUUUACACCCUAUGUUUCCCGACAUGCCAGAGAAACCUCUGAACCUAGCCCACAUUGUAGACACUUGGCCUCCCAGACCAAUGAACAGCACCAAUGACUUCAUGCUCUCCCACUCCAUGCCCACGUCAGGGAACCCUUACUCCACUAAGAACUUGCCUUAUAAAACCAAGAAUAAUGAAGCUGAGCAGAGAAAACAGUUGGCUAGGGCUGCUCCAGAUCUGUUGAAAGGAAGGGGGUUAAACUACAGUCUCGAUGUGGCCGAUAGACUGGCUGAUGAACAUGUUCUCAUUGGGCUGUAUGUGAAUCUCCUACAACACAACCCCACGUCAUGUUUGCUGGAGAGCAGUAACCACCAGGAUGAAGAGCACAGUCUCAUCGCCCGCUACGCUGCUAGACUAGCCUCUGACGGAGCCGCCGUGCAACAAGCCCAGCAGCAGAGGGUCCCCAACGACAUCUCUUUCACUCUGGACGCCAACAAGCAGCAGAGGCAGCUUAUUGCCGAGCUGGAGAGCAAAAACAGAGAGAUCUUGCAAGAGAUCCAGCGCCUGCGAGUGCAGCACGAGCAGGCCUCCCAGCCGCCAACGGGCACCGCCCAACAGAACCCCACUCUGCUGGCCGAGCUACGUCUUCUCAGGCAACGCAAAGAUGAGCUGGAGCAGAGGAUGUCUGCUCUGCAGGAGAGUCGCAGGGAACUCAUGGUACAGCUGGAGCAGCUGAUGCUGCUGCUGAAGGAGGAGGAAAGGAAGCAAGCUACUCAAGGGCCUGGCUCCCCCCGCUCAUCCCCCAGCCACGCAGUCAGCCGGCCCAUCCCCAUGCCAACCCAGUCAGAGUCUGCCGGCACCACACCCACUCACACCCCUCAGGACUCACUCAUGGGUGUGGGAGGAGACGUGCAGGAGGCCUUUGCUCAGGGCCCCAGGAGAAACUUGAGAAAUGACCUUCUUGUUGCUGCUGACUCCAUCACCAACACCAUGUCUUCAUUGGUUAAAGAGCUCAAUUCAGAGGCUGGAAGUGAGACAGAGAGCAACAUGGAACUGGUCUCCUCUCCCACUUCUGAUCUUCUAGCACAGAUGACCACUAAACCACGUGUUGGUGGCAGGAACACUGGUGGAGUUGAGGAGGAGUGCUAUGAGAACGACCUGGUUCAGGUGCUGGAGGAUGAGCUGAAGAUGGAGGAACUACUAAAACACAGACAGGAGCAAGAGAAAACCCGCAUGGUGACAUUGCAGCAAUGACCAUGCUGAACCAGUUUUGUGGUAAACAAUAUGCGAAGCAACAAAAGUAGAAAAACACUGGAAGAUGGAUGAGAAGAGAAGGCACUGAGAGGCUUAUGAGGAGAUGAUGGUCCGCAGGCAUGCAUGAUCUCCAAGUCAAGCUGAAGAAAAAGUGACAGGAAGGAAGGAUCAAAGUUAUGACACUGCUAAAUCCAACAAUAGAGUACAUAGUUAUAUUAUGUAAAGAUCUAUUUUUAAAACCAACAGCAUAUUUAAGUGAAUACUGUGAACCGAUAUGGAGAGAUCAUAUAACAACAGAGCUGUCUAUUAUACCACCGGUGCCAUAAAAUCAAGUAACUUUAUUGGGAA